CGGCUUCCGGCUCCCACUGUGGAGGGCCUCAAAGAAGGCCGGCGGUGCCGCGGUGACUUCCGGACCCUCACCGCAGGUCCCCUGCUCCUUUGCCCCCCACAGCCUCAUCGCCACCAACGCUGCGCGGCUUCGCCUGAUCGCGGGUCCGACGAAGCGGUUGUUGGAGAUGGGGCUGCGGCGAGCUCAGGGCCCCGAUGGAGGUCUUACGGCCUCCACCUACAGUUACCUGGGCGGCUUCGAUGGCAGCAGCAACGUGCUCGCGGGACAGCUGCGGGGGGUGCCCCUGGCUGGAACCUUGGCUCACUCUUUCGUCACUUCGUUUUCGGGCGCUGAGGUGCCCCCUGACCCGAUGCUGGCUCCAGCUGCCAGUCAGGGCCCCAGGGUAGACCUGGCUGCAUGUGUGGAGGCAUGGCUGGAACGCGUGUGUGCCCAUCUGGGGCUAGGGGUGCAGGAGCCCCACCGGGGGGAGCGGGCAGCCUUUGUGGCCUAUGCCCUGGCUUUCCCCCGGGCCUUCCAGGGCCUGCUGGACACCUACAGUGUGCAGAGGAGUGGUCUUCCUAACUUUCUGGCAGUAGCCUUAGCCUUGGGGGAGCUGGGCUACCGAGCCGUGGGCAUAAGAUUGGACAGCGGUGACCUUCUGCAGCAGGCCCAGGAGAUUCGUAGGGUCUUCAGGACCGUUGCGUCCCAGUUCCAGAUGCCCUGGUUGGAAUCAGUCCCCAUCGCGGUCAGCAACAACAUUGACGAGGAAGAGCUGGCCCGGCUGGCCCAGGAGGGCAGUGAGGUGAACGUCAUUGGCAUCGGCACGACCGUGGUCACCUGCCCCCGCCAGCCUUCCCUGGGCUGCGUCUAUAAGCUGGUGUCUGUGGGAGGUCAGCCCCGAAUGAAGCUGACUGAGGACCCCGAGAAACAGACACUGCCUGGGAGCAAGGCCGCUUUCCGGCUCCUGGGCUCCGAUGGGUCUCUGCUGAUGGAUGUGCUGCAGCUGGCAGAGGAACCACCACCCCAGCCUGGCCAGGAGCUGAGGGUCUGGCCUCGAGGGGCCCUGGAAGCCUGUGUCGUGAGGCCUGCCCACGUGGAGCCCCUGCUGAGACUCUGCAUUCAGCAGGGACAGCUGUGUGGGCCUCUCCCAUCUCUGGCUGAAUCUAGAGCCUUUGCCCAGCUGUCCCUGGGUCGCCUGAACCCUGAGCACAAGCGGCUGGAACAGCCCACACCGUACCAGGUGGCGCUGUCUGAUGAGCUACAGGCCCUGGUGGACCGACUGAGUACAGGAGGGUCCUCGUGAGAACUGUGGUGGAGACUGCCUGGAAUCAACAUGAGUCACUCACUGUCCUG